CACGUUUCGGGAAGUGUUGCGAAAUCCGCCGGCAGAGCAAUUCACCUUGGCCCCCGGUCGCGCCAUGGAGGAGCUCAUGAGCCAAGCGCCUCAUGGGGUGCAAGGCACGCUGGACUGGCUCUUCAGCAGCUCCAUGGAGAGCGAGCUACCCCUGGGUGUGACCAACGCCCAGGUGGCGAAGAAGAGGCCUGAGACCUUCAAGUUCACCAAGAAUCUUGGGGGCAAUGAUGACCUCCUGCUAGACGAUGAGCUGUUGUUGGACUUCAAGCCGGUGUUGCUGGUUAAACGCCAGCUGAAGGUGAAGCACGCGCCGAAUCUCUUUGAGGGUCUUUGCGACACCUCAGCAAUGAACAGCGCGGGCUUCUCCUUGCGCUGCGUGCCCACCAGAGCCCCGCAGCAGGUGCUUGUUCCGCGUGGCGGCUCCAUGGCGCUGGGCCCCGUGCUGCCGAAACGAUGGCUGCUUUCAGUGUACUAUGAGCCCAAGCGCCGCAGCGCGGUGGAAGCUGCCUUGGCCAAGAUGAACUUCGACAUCGUCGGGUUCAAGGAGCAGGCGGCAGAUGCGGCAGAGGCGACAGACCAGUUCCUUGCGUAUCGACACGGUUGUGGCAGCUAUGGCCUGUGGGUGCAGCAGGGUGCCGAAGAGAUCGAGGUAACGGAUGGCAAAGCCUUGGAUGCCGACAUGACGGCCUGGAAGAUGAGCUAUGAGGCGAACCUCCCUGCCAUUGCCAACGGACCCUGAGGCCUUUGCCAUUGCCCAUAGGGCAAACGUUUGGCUUUUAAAAGUUUGCCUCGACAGCCCCAAGAUGACCAUGAGUCUGCUGAACCGAUGUGCCCUGCACACUGGCGCAGCAAAGAACACCUCACACAAGCAGUGCCUGGAA